GCCGCGUUCUGGAAGAGGCGAGGGGGAGAGCGCGCGAGAGAGGAGGAGAGAGACGGCGGGGGAAAGAGAGACGGCGAGACACUCGGCGCCGGCGCCCGGGAGACCCAGGAGGAGCCCGCAGAUAACCAGGCCGAGUCAUGCAGUCUUUUCGAGAAAGGUGUGGUUUCCAUGGCAAACAACAGACCUACCAGCAGACCUCACAGGAAACAUCACGCCUGGAGAAUUACAGGCAGCCUAGUCAGGCUGGGCUGAGCUGCGACCGGCAGCGGCUGCUUGCCAAGGACUAUUAUAACCCCCAGCCUUACUCAGGCUACGAGGGCGGUGGCGCCAGCACGCCCUCCAGCACUGCAGCGGUGGUGGCUGAGAAGUACCAUCGAGGCAGCAAGGCCCUGAACGCACAGCAGGCCCUGCAGGGGAGGCCAGCUUUCCCCGGCUAUAGCGUGCAGGACAGUGGCCCCUACGCGGGCCGCUACUCUGGGGAGGACAGCCUGCAGGCUUGGGGAGCCCCACAGCCACCACCCCCACAGCCGCAGCCCCUGCCAGGAGGAGUGGGCAAAUACGAUGAGAACUUGAUGAAAAAGACAGCAGUGCCCCCCAGCAGGCAGUACCCAGAGCAGGGUGCCCAGGUGCCCUUCCGGACUCACUCCCUGCAUGUCCAGCAGCCACCCCCACCACCACCACAGCAGCUUCCACAGCCCCAGCAGCCCCUGGCGUACCCCAAACUCCAGAGACAGAAACUGCAGAAUGACAUCGCCUCCCCUCUCCCCUUUCCCCAAGGUGGCCACUUCCCCCAGCACUCCCAGUCCUUCCCCACCUCCUCUACCUACUCUUCAUCUGGCCAGGGCGGAGGGCAGGGAGCCCACACCUAUAAGAGCUGCACAGCGCCAUCUGCCCAGCCCCACGACAGGACACUGACAGCCAAUGCUAGCCUGGCCCCAGGGCAGCGGGUCCAGAACCUUCAUACCUAUCAGUCAGGCCGACUCAGCUAUGACCAGCAGCAGCAGCAGGCCCUUCAGAGCCGGCACCAUGCCCAGGAAACCCUGCAUUACCAGAACCUCGCCAAGUAUCAGCACUACGGACAGCAAGGCCAGGGCUACUGCCCACCAGACGCAGCCGUCAGGACCCCGGAACAGUACUAUCAGACCUUCAGCCCUGGCUCCGGCCACUCACCCGCACGCUCCGUGGGCCGCUCUCCUUCCUACAGCUCCACGCCGUCGCCGCUGAUGCCAAACCUGGAGAACUUCCCCUACAGCCAGCAGCCGCUCAGCGCAGGAGCCUUCCCCACCGGGAUUGCCGACCAUAGCCACUUUAUGCCCCUGCUCAACCCCUCCCCGACAGACGCCACCAGCUCUGUGGAUGCCCAGGCUGGCAACUGCAAGGUCCUACAGAAAGACAAGCUGCCCGAGAAUCUGCUGUCAGACCUGAGCCUGCAGAGCCUCACGGCACUGACGUCGCAGGUGGAGAACAUCUCCAACACCGUUCAGCAGUUGCUACUCUCCAAGGCUGCUGUGCCACAGAAGAAAGGUGUCAAGAACCUUGUGUCCAGGACACCAGAGCAGCACAAAAGCCAGCACUGCAGCCCGGAAGGCAGCGGCUACUCUGCUGAGCCAGCAGGCACACCGCUGUCGGAGCCUCUGAGCAGCACGCCACAGUCAACGCACGCCGAGCCUCAGGAGGCUGACUACCUGAGUGGCUCAGAGGACCCACUGGAGCGCAGCUUCCUCUACUGCAGCCAGGCCCGCGGCAGCCCUGCCAGGGUCAAUAGCAACUCCAAGGCCAAGCCUGAGUCUGUGUCCACCUGUUCUGUGACCUCUCCCGACGACAUGUCCACAAAAUCCGAUGACUCCUUCCAGAGCCUGCACAGUAGUCUGCCGCUCGACAGCUUCUCCAAGUUCGUGGCAGGUGAGCGGGACUGCCCACGGCUGCUGCUCAGCGCUCUGGCCCAGGAGGACCUGGCCUCCGAGAUCUUGGGACUGCAGGAAGCCAUUGGUGAGAAGGCUGACAAGGCCUGGGCUGAGGCAUCUGGUCUCACCAAGGAUGCCAGCAAGCAGCCUUUUCCUCUGGAGAACCACAGCGCCUGCCUGGACCCUGUGGCCAAGAGUUCGUGGCCAAGGCCUGGAGAGCCAGAGGCCCUACCUGACUCCUUACAGCUGGACAAGGGUGGCAAUGCCAAGGACUUCAGCCCAGGGCUGUUUGAAGACCCUUCUGUGGCCUUUGCCACCCCCGACCCCAAGAAGACAACUGGCCCACUCUCCUUUGGCACCAAGCCCACCCUCCGUGCUGCUGCUCCAGAACCCACCACAGCCGCUUUUGACUGCUUCCCAGACACAACUGCCACCAGCUCAGCAGACAGUGCCAACCCCUUUGCCUGGCCAGAGGAGAACCUGGGGGAUGCUUGUCCCCGGUGGGGAUUGCAUCCCAGUGAGCUCACCAAGGGCCUGGAGCAGGGGGGGAAGGCUUCAGAUGGUGUUGGCAAAGGGGAUGCCCACGAGGCCUCUGCCUGUCUGGACUUCCAGGAGGAGGAGGCCCCUGGGGAGAAGGUGGCCUCAUUGCCUGGGGACUUCAAGCAGGAGGAGGCAGGUGGGGUGAAGGAGGAGUCAGGCGGGCUGCUACAGUGCCCUGAGGUGAGCAAGGACCGGUGGCUGGAGGACAGCCGGCACUGCUGCUCUGCCACCGACUUUGGGGACCUCCCACUGCUGCCGCCCACUGGCAGAAAGGAAGACCUGGAGGCUGAGGAGGAGUACUCGUCCCUGUGUGAGCUCCUAGGCAGCCCAGAGCAGAGGCCCAGCAUGCAGGACCCGCUGUCGCCGAAGGCCCCGCUCAUCUGCACCAAGGAGGAAGUGGAGGAGGUACUGGACUCCAAGCCUGGCUGGGGUUCCCCGUGCCACCUCUCUGGGGAGUCUGUAAUCUUGCUGGGUCCUACUGUGGGCACUGAGUCGAAGGUCCAGAGCUGGUUUGAGUCCUCUCUGUCCCACAUGAAACCAGGUGAAGAUGGGCCGGAUGGAGAGCGGGCCCCAGGGGAUUCCUCCACCUCUGACACCUCUCUGGCUCCGAAGCUGAGCAAGCCUGCUGUGCCUGAGGCACCUAUCGCUAAGAAAGAGCCUGUGCCUCGGGGCAAAAGCCUGAGGAGCCGGCGGGUGCACCGGGGGCUUCCUGAGGCUGAGGACUCCCCAUGCAGGGCACCCGCACUGCCCAAAGACCUCUUGCUCCCUGAAUCCUGUGCAGGCCCCCCACAGGGACAGAUGGAAGGAGCUGGGGCCCCGAGCAGGGUGGCCUCAGAAGGGCUCCCUCGGAUGUGCACCCGCUCCCUCACAGCCCUGAGUGAGCCUCGUACACCUGGGCCUCCGGGACUGACCACCACUCCGGCACCCCCAGACAAAAUGGGGGGUAAGCAGCGAGCUGCCUUCAAGUCAGGUAAGCGUGUGGGUAAGCCUUCACCCAAGGCUGCAUCUAGCCCUAGCAACCCGGCCGCCCUGCCCGUGGCCUCUGAAAGCAGCCCUAUGGGCUCCAAGACCAAGGACAUGGACUCACCCAACAUGCACAGCAAGGACCAGCGCUCCAUGAUUCUUCGGUCCCGCACCAAACCCCAGGAGGUCUUCUACUCCAAGCGACGGCGGCCCUCAGAGAGCCGGCUUCCCAACUGCCGGGCCACCAAGAAGCUCCUUGCCAACAACCACCUGGCUGCCACAUACAAGAUCUCCAGCAGCCCCCAGAAGGAAGGCAGGGUGAGCCAGCGGGUAAGGGUCCCCAAGCUCAGUGCAGGUGGCAAUCUUUCUGACCGGCCCCUCCAUGCGCUGAAAAGGAAGUCUGCCUUCAUGGCCCCUGUCCCCACCAAGAAGCAGAACCUGGUGUUACGGAGCCGCAGUAGCAGCAGCAGCAACGCCAGUGGCAAUGGCGGUGAGGGGAAAGAGGAGAGGCCUGAAGGCUCCCCCGCCCUCUUCAAGCGGAUGUCUUCUCCCAAGAAAGCUAAGCUCACCAAGGGCAGCAACGAGCCCACUGUGAAGCCCCCAGCCCCAGAGACCCCUGACACCUGCAUCAAGCUCACCUCUCGGGCGGCCUUCCAGGGAGCCAUGAAGACUAAGGUCCUGCCUCCGCGGAAAGGCCGGGGCCUGAAGCUGGAAGCCAUCGUACAGAAGAUCACCUCUCCCAGCCUGAAGAAGUUCGCGUGCAAGGCACCCGGGGCCUCCCCUAGUAAUUCUCUGAGCCCAUCCCUCCAUGAGAAGGACCGUGGUCUCAAGGGUACAGGGGGCAGCCCAGUGGGGGCAGAAGAAGGUCUUUUAAACAUGGGCACUGGGCAGAAGCUCCCAGCGGCUUCAGGGGCCGACCCGUUAUGCAGGAAUCCGGCCAAUAGAUCCUUAAAAGGCAAACUAAUGAACAGUAAGAAACUGUCCUCAACUGACUGUUUCAAAAUUGAGGUCUUCACAUCCCCGGAGGCUCUGCUGCCUGCGGGGACUGCCCUGGCACCUAAGAAGAGAAGCCGGAAAGGCCAAACUGGAGCCCUCGGACUCUGCAAAAGCCAAUUGGAGAAGCGGCCCUAUCUUGGCCCGUCUUUGGUCCUGACUCCCAGAGACAGGGCCAAUAGCAUGCAGGGGGUCAGUGAGGACAACUCUGGUGGAGGAGGCAAGAAGCCAAAGAUGGAGGAGCUGGGCCUGGCCUCCCAGUCCUCUAAUGGCCGGCCCUGCCAGCCCCAGACAAGGGCACAGAAGCAGCCAGGCCACACCAACUAUAGCAGCUAUUCCAAGCGGAAGCGCCUCACUCGGGGCCGUGCCAAGAACAACACCUCUUCACCCUGCAAGGCACGUACCAAGCGGCGCCGGCAACAGCAGAUGCUGCCUCUGGAUCCUGCAGAACCUGAAAUCCGCCUCAAAUAUAUUUCCUCUUGCAAGCGGCUGAGGGCAGACAGUCGGACCCCAGCCUUCUCUCCCUUUGUGCGGGUGGAGAAGCGAGAUGCGUUCACCACUAUAUGCACUGUUGUCAACUCCCCUGGGGACGAGCCCAAACCCCACAGGAAGCCUGCCUUCUCUGCCUCCUCCGCCUCUUCCUCAUCCUCAUUCUCCCUGGACGCAGCCGGGGCCUCCCUGGCCACACUCCCUGGAGGCUCCGUCAUGCAACCACGGCCCUCCCUGCCCCUCUCCUCCACAAUGCACCUGGGGCCUGUGGUUUCCAAGGCCCUGAGUACCUCUUGCCUUGUUUGCUGCCUCUGCCAAAACCCGGCCAACUUCAAGGACCUCGGUGACCUUUGUGGUCCUUACUAUCCUGAACACUGCCUCCCCAAAAAGAAGCCAAAACUCAAGGAGAAGGUGCGACCAGAAGGCACCUGUGAGGAGGCCUCCCUGCCCCUUGAGAGAACACUCAAAGGCCUUGAGUGCGCAGCUGCUGCUGCCCCUGGGAAGCCUUCACGGCCUGACGGCCCAGCCGACCCGGCCAAGCAGGGCUCCCUGCGCACCAGUGCCCGGGGCCUGUCCCGGAGGCUGCAGAGUUGUUACUGCUGUGACGGUCGGGGGGACGGGGGUGAGGAGGUAGCCCCAGCUGACAAGAGCCGCAAGCAUGAGUGCAGCAAGGAGGCCCCAGCGGAGCCUGGUGGGGACACCCAGGAGCACUGGGUGCACGAGGCCUGCGCUGUGUGGACCAGCGGGGUCUACCUGGUGGCCGGAAAGCUCUUUGGGCUGCAGGAGGCCAUGAAGGUGGCCAUAGACAUGACAUGUUCCAGUUGUCAGGAAUCCGGGGCCACCAUCGGGUGCUGCCACAAAGGAUGUGUCCACACUUACCAUUACCCGUGUGCCAGUGAUGCAGGUUGCAUAUUCAUCGAAGAGAACUUUUCUUUGAAAUGUCCCAAACAUAAGAGAUUGCCGUUGUAAUGCACCCCAACGUCCAGGGGAAGCCGCUGGAGUCCGUCUGCCGCCGCUGAGAGAGAGGAGCCGCCGACGCAGCCCCCGAGCCUUGGAGCUGCUCCCAGCGGGGGCCCAGAGCCGAUCCUUGAUCUGGGCUCCGGAUCCUGGAUCCGGCCGCCAAGGGCUCGUACCGGCGGCCCCGGGUUGGGAAGAAAACCCGUUCCGGAGCCGCCUGCUCCCGGAACCGGACGGCACAGGGUGUUCUCACCCACACCCCAGGGGCCAGGCUUGGAGAGGGGAACCCGCAGAGCGGCCAGACUCCAUGGGGCGCUCAGCUUACGGUGGGGGUGGGAGCCGCUGUGACCUGGGAACGCUUUACCCCGGGAAGUUCAAGACCGUGGCGCACAUUCCACCGGGCGCUGCUACCACCCCAGUCGGUCGUGGCAUACAGCUGGGCGCCCUAAGGGUGGAGGUGGGGCCCGGACGGCCCUGGAAGAAGCCGAGGGUGGCUCCUGGCUCCGUGAACAAGGCGGGGUUAAACGAAGUCUUUCUGGAGAGGGCUGGGCCGGCGGCAGAGGGAGCCGGAGGCUUUGGAACAGACCUUCCCGAGCGCGUCCAGGCGCCCGAAGCUCUCGUUCGGCUGGAGCAAAGCUUAGGGUUGUCCUGGGCCUCUGCUCAGGGGAUGCGGGUUCCCCGGUGUGGGCGAAACUGGGACACCUUUUAGCUUUUGUUCGUCCCUUUCCCAGCCCAGCCCACCCCUGGAGCCCAGCCUGGGAGCGCAAAAGGAAAAGAUACUCGUCCUGAGCGCAUCUCUGGUUGAGCCAGGAUUGUCCCUCUGCACCACCAACAGGGACCACAGCGCCCACUUGGUCCAGAAGCAGCAGGGACAGCGCUAGAUUUGUGUACAAAACCUGUGUACCCCUCUAUAUAUAUGUUACAUAGAAUGUAUAUAUGUUGGGAACAUGCUCGCUUCUCCUGUCGCCGCCAUGCGUCCUGCAGCACAGAGCCCCAUCUGGGCCUUUGCCAGGGAGGGGGCUACUGCAAUGCCUCUUACCCAUGCAGCCACCACUGGCCCAGACCAGUCCCCGCCAGUCUGUCUGCCUGUCUGUCCAUGUCCUCAGCUCUGUCCACGCUUCAAUAGGCCUGACGCAGCCCCCAGCCCGGGGCCGCCAUAGUAAUUUCCUGUAUAUAUGACUGUAAAAUGGUAAACGUGUGUAUUAUAUCUGGCCUCGUUAUAUAGUGUAUAUAUAUGUAUACAUAUACAUAUAUAUAAUAUAUAUGAAGACUGUAAAUGUUAAGACGACUAGUGUUCUUAUUAGUAUAUUGCUUCACACUGAAGAUUGUGUGUAUCGAGCUGUUUCUAAAAGAUGUUUAUUUUCCUUAAGAGUAAAAAACAGUCAUUGCAUUCAGAAAAAAAAGUCAAUAAAGAUACAACGAUUGUUUUGGAAA